GCGGUCAACAGCCAUGGAGAGCCGCUGGGGACCGCUCUGUGUCACCGUGCUGGGCUUCCUGACCUGCGUCCAAGGUCAACGUGACUUCGAUUUGGCCGACGCCCUCGAUGAUUCUCAACCCACCAAGAAACCAAACUCGGGAAUCUACCCGAACCCGAGGCCCCCCUACGACCCCCCGCCGGGCCUGCCUGACAACAGUGGAGGGAUCUAUCCCAAGCCAAGGCCCCCCAAUCACCCCCAGCCGGGCAUGUCUGACAACAGUGGAGGAAUCUACCCGAAGCCGAGGCCCCCUUAUGACCCCCAGCCGGGCCUGCCUGACAACAGUGGAGGAAUCUACCCGAAGCCGAGGCCCCCCUAUGACCCCCAGCCGGGCAUGCCUGACAACAGUGGAGGCGUGUACCCCAGGCCCAGGCCGCCCCCGCGCCCGCAGCCCGACUAUUCAGACAGCGGAGCAGGCGGAAACGGAUACGGAAACGGAUACUCUUCGUACGGCAACGACCAAGGUAACGAGCAAGGUAACACAGUCGCGAAAAUCGUGUCUCCCAUCGUGUCCGUGCUGGUGGUGACCCUGGUGGGCGCCGCGGCAGGAUAUUACCAGCGGAACAGGGGGAGAAAUUGUUUCCGGACAAAUGAGCCGACGCACGUGUGACGGCUUCGGGAUCCCGCGGUGGCUUUGAGAGCAGCUCAGUGUGGACGAGGUCCCCGUGCGUUGCCCCUGUGACAGCUCCUUGCAUGGCUGUCACACGUGUUUUCUGUGUGGGGGGCAAACCAGCCACCAGAGAAAGAAUUUCUGAUCCGUGGGGCUGGGGGGUGAUUAUAAAGAUAAGUUAGCCUUGGGUCCCAAGACGACUCUUGUCUGUGGGCUCCAUGACGCCUCGGACCAGAUUUCAAGGCUGUGCUGGGUUUCCCAGAACUACCUCAUUGUCCCAAAGUACAGCAGGGGUCCGAGGGCAUGGGAGGUGGGGCGGGGGGUGCUGUCUCCUUCUGGGGUUUCCAGCACAUUCUGGGGAGUGACCUGGUCUAUGCGGAGUCUUCCUCAGGGAUCCAGAACCCUCCCUUCCAGCUGGAACAGGAAGGCAGGAUUCCCGCUGCCCCAGCGCUGGCUGUGACCACAUAACCCUUCUCUGCGCACAGUAGGGCUGGGGAUCCUCAUUGCUGUGUGUGCACACUCCCCAGUGUCAAACCAUCCCAGGCAAUCCUUCUGUGCAGACUGUUUCCGUUCUUCCUGUGAAAUCUUACGAUUUUGACAUUUUGGGGAGAAUGUGGGGGCCAGCAAUUCUGAUUUGUGCCUGUUCCAUCUUCUCACAUUUUUAUUUCAUGUCAUAGUCUGUGGGCAACUGUGUCUAAGGCAAUGGAGUCCUUUUCCUGGGUUUAUACUUUUUUCUUCGUUUUAGUGGAGUAGAAAGUCGUUACGUCUUCAAGCAUCUAAAACGCAUAGUAGGUAUUUGCUUCUAUUUUUGCGACAUUUUAGGGGAAGGUGGGAAAGGAAGGAUCUGGGCUCCUGGAUAGAGUUUCAUUCAACUCACGUAAAUGCUUAGUGCAGUUCCUGCUAAAUAUCAGCACAUAUUUCAGUCUGGAACUGAUAACGGGGGCCUAGGAAAGUCCUAAAUUGAUGCCUAUGCUGUGUUCAUGGUUAUGGACUGGAAGGUAGGUCCCCAAAGAGAACUUGAAUGCAGAAAGGCCUAGAAACACCUCCCCACAGAGAAAAAGGAGUCUACAGCUCAUGGCCUUGAUGCGAUGUCUCGCGUCCAUGACUCACGUGAGCCGUGAGCACUUUCAGAUCGGCCGUGGUUCCUAUCGGGUUCCUGUCAGGAUGGGAAUGUCCUCCGGUGACGCGUCUGCCAUGUUCCCGUCACGUGACACAGUCUCACGAUCCUGACACUCUUUCUGUACCUGUGAGUUUUGGUAGGAGUUUAUUCUGAGUCUUGAUAAAAAGUGUGUGUGUGCGUGUGUGCGUGUUUACGGACAGACACAUGCACAGCUUCACGGCCACCUGGACGGAAUUACAGCCUUUAUAAUGAGCUGCAUCCGUCUGUUUUCUGUAACUGCCAUAAAUCCAUUUAUCACUUACAAAUAGUGUAAAAAAAUAAAUGUAUUAAGAAAUAAAACACG